AUAUAUUUUUUAAUCAUAUUAAUAUAUGAAAAAUUACAAUAUAGCACUUUCCGUAUAGUUUUUAAUUUGAAUAUCUAAACUUUUAAUUUCAAAAUAUCAAUCUAAUCUAAUCUACUUUGACUCAGAAACAUGACAAUUUGAAAGGAAUAAUGUGUCCAAUGCAUUAAUUACCUUGCUAUAAAUUUGCACUUUCACCGACGGUCCUCGUUCCUCCAUCUUUAAACUCUAAUGUUAUAAAUAGAACGGAAAUUAGAGACUUGGAUAUCCUUCUCAAGCUAGCUAAUUAGAUUUGGUACCAUGGAGUUCUUACACAACUUCUUUCUCAUUUUGGUGCCAACUUUAAUACUAGUGUUAUUUUGGUGCAAAAUCACCAAGCCUCAAAGAGGUUUCCUAGUAGAUUUUGCAUGUUACAAACCCCAGAAAAACCAACAAAUUUGCAGACAAACCUUUAUAGACAAAACCAACAAAGGUUUAAAUCCUAAAAAAGACACAUUGGAGUUCAUGGACAGGAUCUUGCAACGAGCAGGGUUAGGCGAUAAAACGUAUGUUUCUAAAGGUUUGUUGAAAGAACCUCCAGAUAUGAGCGCGAAAGCUGCUAAGGAAGAAGUGGAGAUGGCGAUAUUUGGAGCCAUAGAUGAACUUUUUCUGAAAAGUAUUGGAGUAAAAUGUGAGGAUGUUGGCAUAUUGAUUACUGUUUGUGGUGUAUACAAUAUUAUGCCAACAUUGUCCAGUGUCAUAGUUAAGCGUUACAAUUUGAGACAUGAUAUCCGUACAUACAAUGUUACUGGAAUGGGAUGCACUGCUGGCCUUCUUGCCUUAGGCCUUGUCCAAAAUCUGCUCAAGGUACAUGGUAAUUCCUAUGCCCUAUUAGUGACCACCGAUAGCAUUACAGAGAACGUAUACAAGGGCAAUGAUCGGUCAAAAUUGUUGUCCAAUUGUAUAUUCCGUGUGGGUGCGGUGGCCCUUCUCCUCUCCAACAAACCGUCCGAUCGGAAUAUCUCCAAGUAUGAGCUCAUCCACGUCGUCCGAUCUCAAACCUCAAACGAUGAUCGGUCCUACAAUUGUAUUUUCAUGGAAGAAGACAUCGAAGGACAUCGAGGAAUCACAAUCAACAAAGAUCUAUUGUACGUAGCUAUGAAAACCAUUCGAUCAAACAUAUUCAGUGUAGCUCCCUUAGUCCUACCUAUAUCUGAAAAAUUUCGUUACUUGACGAAUCUUAUAGUGCAACGCUUUCGUAUGAAAAGCAACGUAAAGCCUUAUAAUCCAGAUUUCUCGAAAACCGUUGAUCAUUUCUUUCCACACGUAGGAGGUAAACCGGUGUUGGAUGAUUUGCAAAAGAAAUUGGGAUUUAGUGAUGAACAAAUGGAAGCUUCUAGAAUGACUCUAUACAGGUUCGGUAACACUUCCACAUGUUCGGUCUGGUACGAAGUGGCUUAUGCUGAGGCCAAAGGUCGGGUGAAAAAGGGAGACACAUUAUGGCAAAUAGCAUUCGGGUCGGGUUUUAAAUGUAGCAGUGUGAUAUGGAGGGCAACCCGAUCCAUUAAUCGCAAUGAAAUAAAUCCAUGGUGCGAUGAAAUUCACGAGUUCCCUGUGGAUGUUAGCCAGAUCGAAGAAGUCCCGGACCUAUUUGUUGCUUCCGAAUAGAAAAAAUUUUAUCUAAAUCUAUAAGGGGUCAUUUGGU